CAUGCAAGACGGUGUCAUUUUAUUGCCGAUAACCUAAAGAUAAACAGCGACACAUCUGUAAUCAUAACUAGGUAACUAUCAGCUUUUAGAGUCUAGUUAAUAUUAUUGAAGUGUUGUGCACAGUUUGAAAGGUUAUGUUGAACUCGGAGUGUUUUUAUAAAAUUUAUCGGAAUACAGUGGAUUGUGACAUUGUUGUAGAAAUAAAAAAGCAAGUGUUUCAAGUAAAAAUUAGGAGAAGAAGGGAAAAAACUUGAUGUUUGUUGAUAAAUCGGACUGUAGAUAAGACUUGACUUAAUCAUUUCAAACAAAAAUGAUUGGAUUAGUGUUGUUUGUGUUAUCUAAAAUUUAUGACCUAACAGUAAAUAAUGAUACUACCAGUGAAAAUCCCGUGCCUAAAAUUAAAAAGAAUCGAAAUCAGAAACAUUGUAAAAAAAAGUUCAGAGGGCCACCGCCACGGCUGGGCUUGAAGGCGGCGAGCCCCGGCGCGGGGGGCGCGGGGUGUGCGGAUGAGGAUUGCAACAGCAACACCAGCCUCGCCGGCAGCCAGCACUCCGCGCACGACGACCUCGACGCGCACUGCGACAACUCCGGAUACCUGUGGUUCCUCGACUACAAUCCUAUCUUCCGGGACAGCACGUGCCACCACACGUCCGUGCUGUCUUCGUUGUCAGCGUCGUACAAAGGCAUAAGUGAACUUAGCUCCCGGUUCGAGUUCACGUCCCGCUACAACGAUCUCGCGCGGGACCUGGACGCCAACCUCGCUGAGGCGGACAUGGAGAGCUUCAGAACAGAAGAUAUACAUGCCCUCCUCAUGACCGCCAACUUGCCGCAUGACGUCAUCGCAGACGAUAGAACUAACGAUAGUAACCCCCGGGGCGAGAUGUUUGCCAGUAUCUCAACUUCCCUCAUGGAAAGAUUUCGCUUCGACAGUUCUCUUAGUGACAACAGUAGUUUACAGGGCGAAGAGUCCGUCGGUUCUAUCAACACGAUGUCGAUCUGCAAGUCGGAGCUGCUGUUCUCACCGGUAAAGGAGGGGCACGGGGUGCACUUCAGCGUGGAUAGCCUGGACUGCGAGCUGCCGGCGGAGCAGGACCUCAUCCUCACCUGUCAAGCCAACAAGGACAACUACACCAUCGCAUUUGAGGGCAGCGUAACCAUUUACUCCGAGGACAGUGAAUGUGCCGAACCCGCCGUCAAUCAAACACAUGACAAAUUGGGUAAGGAAGAAACUAACAUAGCGAUAGAUAAUGAUGAAAGAACGCGCAGGAAUUUAGAAUUAUUAGAGAGAUGUAAGAAAUUGACAAAUAAGCUUACAACUUCAAUGGCUAAAAGUGAUUUAGGAUUAACUACGUGGAGUAAACUUAAGAAACAAACCAGUCAGUCACCUUUAAGGAGGCACCCCUCAGGCAAUAAUAAUGGAGACUCUAAUGAUACGACUAAUGUAACAAGCGAAAUGAACAAUUCAGUAAUAAAAAGCCAAAGUUUGCCAAAUCUUUAUAGAAGAAAAUUAAUGAAUAGCUCGAUCGCCUCGGUCGCUCUGAGCAAUUCAACGGUCGAUUCCUUCACGGCCAAUCAGAGGCUAACAGGCACAUCCACGUGCAUGAAGGUAUACGAUGUAUCACAAAAUCGAUCCUCACACGGUAGCCAACACUCGGAACCUAUGAGCACAUCUUCUACUGACAAUCAAACUUCCUCAGAUAAAAGCCAACCUAAACAAUCUUUCAAUUUAGUUAAAUUAUUUAUGAAACAGAAAAGCAUCAGUAACGAUGGAAUAGUCACCAUGGACCAGCUCGAUAGAUCCGAAUGUUGGCCGUCGAGCUCUGGUGGUGAAAGUGCUGAGUCGAUGGGGGAACAAAAACUAGAAGAUUUAAGGAUUCGAUCGGCAUCAGAGAGGCCACAAAUCGAUCUACCUAAUGAUGAAGGGGAAACAUCGCUUGUUUAUGAAGAAAUUAAGCCGAUUAAUACUUACAUAAGAACAACGAAAGUAAUUGAGGAGGAAGAAACUGCAGAUGGAGCUAAAUUGAGUGAUAGCGAAUCUAACCUGUAUGCCGUAGUUAAUAAGCCACAUUUUAAACGGGCAAGUCUUAACGUAAAUAGUCCAUCUAAAACAAGACUUACAAAAAAAUCCUACUCUUCUCAAUCCUCUGCCACAAGUGUUAGUAUUUCAAGUUGCUCGGAAUCAGAUGGUACACAAAUCACAAGAAUGGACAAGGUUGUUGAAAAGGAACCCUAUGAUAAUAAAUCAACAUCAACUCAUCUAGAUAGUGACACGAUAGACAAAAGUAUACAAACUUCUCAUAUGCAAGCUUCUAACGUGUCACAAGAUGGAGAAUUGUUUAAAGUUGUGGAACCAUCAUUCCUACAAAAAUUAAAGGAAGGCGAUUGUGAAAAACCUGUUUUCGUCUUGUAUCCUAAUUAUACUUUACCCGAUAUAAGCUUUUUGAACGGUAGGCCGAACAUUUACUUAAACCCAUUAAAAGUAAACGUUUCUCCAAAGUCAACCGACGGUAAGAAAGCCAGAAUACAACUUAAAGGCAAAAGACCAUUUUCGUGUAAUGAUAUGGAAGUACUAAAGAAAAAAGGUCUUGGUCACAUCAAGGAUUGGGAUUCCCUCAACUUUUUAUUACCUGUGGAGUGUAAACAACUGCUCUCCGAAAUGCCGGAACUGGCGCAACACAUAAAAGAGAAAGAAGGUAUGUCGAAAUGUAGUGAUAGGUACUGUAAUGCCUCCCCAUUCUCUAAAGUUAAAAAUAGGCCAUUAAGUUGUGAUUGUAACAAUUUGGCAGGAAACACAACAGCAGUCUCUUCAAGUUCAAGCACAGCCACCCAACCGUCUUCAGGUUACAGAGGAUCAUCCACGAUGUUAACCGAUUCUUCAGCACAAAAUAGCCCAGCCCCGGCGGGAAAUUUCAAUCCAUUGUUUGUAUAUCGAUACGAUUCCGCCACAAGUUCGGAAGCGAGCUGCGCCAAUGCCGAUGGCCAGAGAACAAGCCAUUCAGUUCCAAAGAGGUCGUUCAGCUUAGCCGACCAAACUAGACUGCCGAAACAAUCCGAAUUAGCGCCCCCCAGACCGCCGCUACCGAAAAGCAUAUUACGCAAAUCGAUGGAUAAAACUAGAAAAUCCAGCGCACAAACAAAACGUUACAGCAUGUUCGAGUUGGACGAGUUCAUGCAAGACCCAAUUGUUUGCGCUACUGCUAUAACAGAACAAAAAACGAAGAGGCGGUCUCUUCAGGAGCCUUAUUACUUGCAAAAUCAGGCUCCAGAUUAUAGAAAAAAUAAUGAUCUAGCAGCUAAGCGACUCUCGCAGCAGUUUUUGGAUGCAGCUGAUAAAGAUGCCGAUUACAAUGAGUAUUACCAAGACGAAGGGGUCGGGACAGAAAGCAGCUUGGAGUCGGGGAAAUCUAAUGAAUUAAAAUACUACCGACCUCGUACACCGCCGAUGCCUAAACCGAGGACAAAGAAAAUUGAAUACAUCGAUUUCCCUCCCCCUGGCGCAUUAAUCAGUAGUGCAGAUUUACAGCAGCUAGAAGAAUUUCUGAAAGAAAGCGGUUUUAACUGUCAAAACAUGGACGAAUGGGACCAGAAUCAAGUGCAAAAGGCGAAGAACUUGGCCGAGAUACCUAUUUGUGAGGAAGGAGAAGUGAGCCCUGAUGAAUUUAACAAACCAAUAACUCAUCAGGAAGGAAGGCCAAAAUAUGAUGUUAUUGAUAUAUCACAAAAGAGAGCACUCGUUUCUAAUGUAACGGAUGCCGUUGAAAUGCUGAUCCAACAUUUCUCUCCUGCGACUGAUCAAGCGGAGUUGACUUUUCUGGGAGACUCCAAACACUCCCCGGCCUGCGCUAAAAUAGCUCUGAACGCACUGUGUCCUGCUCUUUAUGCGAUAUUCAGAGACGGACUGAAAGAGAGUAUUGAAACAUCAUUCGGAGCUGUUGAUAAUUCCGUUUGGCAAAUGCUUGAAGCAACAGCAAGGCAAGGUCCAAUUACAAAGUCUCUCAAUGAAUUAAUUUUAAGAAUAAACAGUGAAGACGCCGUAACAGAAGGCCUUGUCAAAUUUAAUGCCUUUAUACUGGGACUUCUCAAUGCACAAACAGUGGACGCUUGGGUGUCUUAUGUCAAAACGAGAGAAUCCAUCUUGGCCAAGCAUUACGGACCAGAUUCCCUCAUGUUAGCGGGCUGCAUCGGGGAACCGCGGUGCAAAGCGCUGUUGGACACGCUACUGGCGAGCCUGGAACCCUUGAAACUGCUGCCAUUCUCACUAGACCUCAUGUUCGAAAUGAGAGAACUUCACAGAAGCUUCAAGAGGAUCGAAAGCGACAUGCGCGCCGCUAGCAGACCGAGCGCAAUUAACACUCCACCACUAACACUGAAUCAGAGGAAUCUGCUCAAGCUGGUGCGGUCGAUGCAAUCGAGCGGGCUGUCGAGCGACGACUGUCUCACCAGCGUCAUAAUGCGGCACAAAGAGCCCAAAAACAAGGAGCCGUCCACGCCUGACUUGCUCGACGACUCGGCCAACGUCAAGACCACUAUAGAGAGACACCGGCCCCGGUCGUGCGUGAACCCGAGCCCGGUGGGCCACGAUGUCUGUCCCAACAACAGCCGCAUUGAGCUGGAGGCCAACCGACGCUGGUCGGGCGUGCAGCUUGGCUCAAAGCUGAUGCAGGCCUUCGACCGCCUUGUCUUUGAUGACAGUGAUGAUUACACAGAUAGCUUAGAGAAUAACAAGCCCGCCGCCAAAGCUGGUACCGACCUAAAGCUGGAGUGCAGCGGCGAAGAGUGGCGGCCGGGGUCCGCAGGCAGCUGCGCCAGCGGCAACACCGGCGCAGGCAGCAACACCGGCGGCAAGUUCCGCAGGCUGCAGCUCAAGUGGGAGAUGCUCAGCAACGCGGAGAGCCCCGGCACGCCUUCAGGAGAGACAUCACCAGCGGCUGCGCGGGGCUCCAAGAUUCCACGGCCUGUGUCAUCGCCGGUGAGACCCGCUGCACCGCUCUCCAUGUUGCCCUCGCCCGCCAAGAACGCGCAAAGAGGUAUCCCAGUACCUGUUCGUAAGAGUACGUCACCUACAACAGCAAACCAACGCACCAUUCCCAGAGGAACGCCCAAUGCGAAGAAACCGCCGCAGCCGGCUAAUCGAGCGCCACAGGAGAAGCCGGCGAGAAGAUCCCUUGGGAACAAACCGGCGACAAACAAACUACAUACCAAGGAUGCUGUUGCUAAAAACACGUCCAAUGCUAAGAAAUUUCCGACGUCGCGAGUGGACAGCGCGGGAUGGAGCGCGGGCGCGGCGCCGCGGCCCUCGUCUCUGCCAUACGGGCGCGCCCCGCCCCCCGCCGCACCGCGCCGCGCCGCCUCCUCCUCCGCCGCGCGCGCACACUCCGCGCCCGUCAAACACAAGUACGUGAGAACGCUGUGGCACCGGCUGCCGUCGGACUCGGGCCACCUGGCGUUCAAGGAGGGCGAGAGGCUGCGGCUGGUGCUGGAGGUGGACGACCAGUAUCUGCUGUGCUGUCGCGGCGAGCACAAGGGUCUCGUGCCGCGCGACGCCGUGCUGCCCGACGACUUCUGAUACCGGCAGCCCUAGCGUCAGUGGCGCCCUCUGCACCUUUCCCCCGACGCGCCCACGCAGUAGACUGCACUCCGCUGUAAGUGGGAAAUAAUUGGGAAAACAUUAUGAAGUGCGCGGUGACGUGUGACUUGAUUGUGAAGAAUGAUGUGCAAUAUAACGGAACUUCAUUUAGGGUUGUCAACUGAUGUGAUACGAACAACUGCUGGUCAAUGGUGUUGUAAAUAAUCUGUUUUUAGUUUUUCCGCACUUUUACUAUGUUUUUUUUCCUUUUCAUUUCAAUGUUACCCAAUUUAUUGUUGUACAUUCACAUUUACUGCUUUCAUCUUUUGACUUCUGUGUAUCGUGGCGAAUCUAAUGAGCUCGGGAAAUUGACAUUAUUUUGUAUGUAUUUUAUUUUUUAAUUGGAACUUAUCAGUAUUUUAUGUGUAACGAUAUUUGAACUUGAUUCAUAGAAGUCUUAGAUAACAGAACGAGAUCACAGAAAUAUAAUCUCACAUCUAUUUCUUUAGUAAAAUCUAGUCUUACGUUUUAAGGCAUGACUCUUUGUCUUGGGACUGUAUAUAAAUUGUUAUAAGGGAAACACAGAUUGUGGGAAUAUUUACUGAGAACGAUGUCGUUAAAAUCGUUAACGGUAAAUAUUUUAUGCAAUUGGACGUGAUACGUAUAGAUAAAUUAUUUAAUUUAAGGACACAAAUCUCUUUUACUUAUAUUAUACAAAUAUAUCAUCGCCGCUGAGGGAAAGACGUCUUAAUUUGUUUUUUAGAUAAAUUUAAAGGGAAUUGAAGCGUAGGUAGGUUAUACCGAAGUUUGUAAGAUAGAGUUUUAGUACGUGUCGAUGUUUAACCAGUGUCUAAACGUGUAUAAUAUCAUACCAAAAUUACCAACAUUAGAACUUUUAUGUAGUAUGCUUCGAUGGUCAUAAUCUUGGUCACUAAAUAAGUCGUUUAGUGGUAAAUUUUUUAACAUAGACUGGUGUAUAUCGAAAGGGGCUAUUAUUAAAAGAGUUUUAAAGACUUUGAAGACCGUAUCGCUCCUCGCAGCCUUUAAAACCGAUGCCGCAAGCUUUUAACGUAUCUUGUGUAACUAACGGCAUGCCUCCUCUCCCCUUCACCUCUCCUCAUUCGGUUUGUGGUAACUAUUCUUUGAUUUAGUCCCCAAACGACCGUCGGAUGUGGGUAGCUUAAUGCCUAAACAAGUCUAACUGCAUGGCCUUUACCCUCAGUCACUCCUCUAGCUCUACCAUACGACGGAACAUUGUAAAGCGUCUAGGUGCUGGUGCAUGACUCUCUGUACUCACUAACUGCAUGCGCCCAUCCGAAUCACACAUCCUUAGCCCAGCACAGAAUAGAACAUCCAUAUUGUAACUGUUUUUUUUUAUUUAUUCAUUCUUUUAAUUGACUUAUAGAGCGCCUUCUAAAGCUCAUCGCUAAGUACACGAAAUAUUGUGAUAUCUUACCAUAUCACUGCUUCAGGCAGUUCGGGAAAAUAAUAUUUUUGGUAUGUAUUUGUAUUGCUCAAAACAAAGAACGACACUAGACGAUAUUAUUCAAGACAAAAAAAUACUCGUAAUAUAAUCUCUAUUAUACUCGUGUACUCGUAUCGAUGAUAAAUAUUAUUAAAGUAAUUUUGUAAAUACAUAUUCUAUGAGAAUUUAUAAAUUGUUAUUCGAAAAACUUAAGGUCAAAAUUAUAACGUAACCUUUUUUGAAAUGCACGAAACAGUUCCUCUCGUAGUCUCGUCGUGCUGUCGAGUCACAAUAUUGGCGACAACGUAGAAUACUCUUAGAGAAGAGAAGUUAAUAGUUUAGACAAGGCGGCUUUCUCGAGGCGGUGUCGUGCCGUCUGCGGCAAUGGAAACGAUCUGCAAGUUUGUAGGCGAAAGUCCGGCGCGAGUCGACGCCACAGGGCUGUUGAAGGUCAUUCAUACAUUAUGAUCGAGUUUGUAAAUUUCAUUAUAUCGUGUCUAGUAAUUAAAUCGCGCUUUGUGACUGAAUGAUGUGAUGUGGCCUUUUUGUAUGUUAUACAGUUACGAAUAAUGUUAGGUGUGUGUGUGCGCUUGUUGCAUCAGUCCGAGUAUCCAUUGUAUCGUAUUCAUGCAUCGGGAAUGCUUCCACAGGUAAUGUUAUAGUAGGUAUUUAAAAAAAAUAUCCCAGAUAAUCGAUUAGGUGUUAGUCAAAUAAACAUGCUUUAAUAACAUAUAACCUGGAAGUGGGGAUACAAUUCGAACCGCUUCGGUCGCUUGAAACUUAAUCGCUUGGGAGAUUAGGGUUUAUUCACAUGGCCGUUAAAGCUUACGUUAAAACUGAUGUCUAUAUGAAAAGUCACCAAGGGUCUAAUUAAAAACGAAGCACACGCAAAAUGCUCUGGGCCUUGUAAACUCUUGCUAAACAAGUACAUUUUAAAAUCAAGAUCUAUAAAUUGAUAAUUUCUCAUUUUAAAAAAUAAACACAAAAUAUUAAUUUUGUCAAACAAGAUAAAAUAAACGUUUACUUUCUGCUGUUUUUGUCACUUAACUUUUUUUACCCUCUUUGGCGCUGCCGAGUAGGGUUGUAUUUUUAGUGGUUCCUUGAGUAUUUGAAGUGUAUAGUGCCA